AUGGCAACUGUCAACGAUUAUAACUUCCGCAGAGUACAGGAAUUCCAUGGAUUCAUUGAAGGUGGAACUCAGCGCAUGACUUCCAAUGUCUUGAGUCGUGACCACGACGACCUUGAUGCGGAGCCUAAGAGCUGGUGCAAACACAACUAUCCAGAUGGCCCUGAACCAGCGUACGAGACCCAGGACCCGCUAGAUGAAGAUCCGUUUUCUUACACCCCGCAACAAUCGGCUAAUGAGUAUGAGACCACCGAGGUCAAAGGUACAACCUCUAACUCUGAUUUUAUCUUGUGUGGGCAUUCACGUUGCCAAAACGGCUAUCCAAAUAGUCCCUCCCCGGUGGAUUUGGGUGCCAAGGUGCGAGAAAGACGGCGGAUGAUCAGCAUUAAUUCGGCCUUUGAGGUGAGUCCAAACUAG